AUGGCUGCGAAGAUGUCUUCUGCUAGUCCUCUAGCGCUCUAUAACCUGGUCUCUGCCGGUCUAUGGGGGUUUCUGCUCUACCAGGUAGUCACUGUGUAUCCAAAGAUCGGGCAGCCAGCCUUUUUCUACGAAACCCGAAACUACCUGAAUGCAAUCCAGUGCGGUGCUUUAGUUGAAAUCCUCAAUUCUCUGCUAGGAAUCGUACGCACACCGCUACUCACAACGGCGGCCCAGGUCGCGUCCAGACUGUUGUUGACUGUCGGCAUAUUCCAUUACCUUCCUGAGGCCUACAACGCGCAAAAUGCCACUUUCCUUGCGCUAUUGACGGCUUGGUCUGUGACCGAAAUCGUGCGUUAUCUAUUCUACUAUUGCAAUUUGACGCUUAAAAACGGCCCCCCAAAGCUUUUGGUCAUGUUGCGCUACAACCUAUUUUGGGUGCUGUACCCUAUGGGGGUGGCCAGCGAGCUGCUAAUUAUUUACUCCGCGUUGUCCGUGGCCGAAGCCAAGUACUCUCCUCAUGUCAGAUUGGGCCUAGUUGCCGGAAUGUUGCUGUACAUUCCAGGAUUUCCAAUGCUUUACAUGCACAUGGUGGUGCAAAGAAAGAAGGUCAUGAAGUCUUUGAGGGCUGACACCAAAAAGCAGGCGUGA